GUGGUCUCGUACUGAUCGAUGUCGGCAAUCCAUUGCUGUGCGGCACGUUCAACGUCGUCAGGGUUGGCGGUGUUGCCGCUCUCGCGCAGCUGGUUGAAGUAGACUUCGGAGGCAGGACGAAUGCCUCGUGUAGCGAGCGGGGAGGUGGCCGAAAAGGCACCCAUGUCGGCAGAGGCACGCAGGUGAUGGCCAGACCCCAGCGUGCGAGAAGUGGGAGGGCGGAGAGUGGAGCCUCCGCCGAAGGACGAGGACGAGGUCUCAGGUGUGCUGUUGCGGUUGCCGAUAAUGUUUGACAUUUUGAGUGAAGAUGUCUAAAUCGUAUUUUCGUAUGCUAAGCGUAUUCUGUGUGCGAUGGAGGGUGAGAUUGACCUGCAGACCUGCUGUCCUCAAAGGUAUUCGAAGGGCGGACUAUGCGAACAAGGCGGAGCUGCAGAGGGUCGAUGCAGGAGGAAAGGUGAUCGAGUAGUGGUCGUAGUGGUUUCGCGGGAGAGGAUUGGCGCGAGCCGCGUGACAGAGCUGGAGCUAGUCGCGGUCGCAGCGGUACUCGACUCAGGCCUUCUGCUGGCGGUACGGUACAGGGCGGAGGAGAGCGGCGGCGGCGGCGGCGGCGGCGAUGCUGGUGAGGGUGAGGAUAGCGAGCGAAGCGGUCCAACAAACAAUACCUACACUCACGCGACAAGGAGACCGGACGCAUCUACCAAAGAGCAAAGAGACGGACGCUUGUCUUUACUCUUCCACAGCCAAUCACGCCGUCAAAACGAUGCUAUUCUGGAGGCCUACAAAGCGGAAGGUAUUUCUUGCUCUGCUGUUGAAUUUUCAUCGACGGCAGACCUGCGUGCGUGUGCCGUUGCAUGGAAAUCCCCAUCGAACGGCGCAUGGACCAUUUUUCACGUGGCAUAUCAAACUUUAAUCUGGCGCUACGCGUUGGUGUUACAGAGUUGCUCAACAGUCCGAUCACAUGAUGCUUCUGAGCCGUACUGCAUCUAUCCCCAUCUCGUUCUUGAUAUUAGCCUAGGAGACAUGGAGCUUGCGAGGGCGAAGAUUGAGGUAUGUAUACGGGAAGGGAUGGAGGAGGAGAGUUUUAGGUUCGAGGUGAGGUGUGAGUGGUUACAGGAGGUGAGUGAGGGGAGUGAGGCGAUGAGGAGGCCGAGGGGGAUGGGGCAUGCAUGUCACCGCCAUGUUUACGAGCGAUGCGGUCCAUGCAGGAUACUCAGUAGCAUGGCCACGGCAAAUCAAGAGGGACCUGAGGUUAAAAAUCAGAGCUCAGCAAUUGAUGAACAUGAAGAUAAAGCACCUGAGAUUCCACUCCGAAGUAAUGCUUAUAUCAUGAUCUCAUCAAUGCUGCUACCCACAACGAAAGCCAGCCGAUACGAAAUGCAUUCCAAUAUGCAUGCUUCGCCCAAUCUCUCAAACAAUGAUCGCUCCAACACCGCGCUAACCAAGAUGCCACAAGAUGGAACAUCAAUUCACAACCUUCCCACUACUCCUCCUUCCCUUCAUACCCUCCAACUUCCUCAUGAGCUGUUCAUGCAAUCUCUUACUCCCACUCCAAGCACUAGCCAUUUUCUGCAUUCUCACCAAUGCUUCUUCUCACGGAAAGAGUGA